AAUGGAAACCUAGGAGAAAGAAUGUGACAUACGAAAUGUUGAUGUUCAUUCAUGGUGAUAGUUGAGAUAAAAGAGGCGAGUGUAGAGGUGGAUCGAGAACGAAGGGUCGCAGAAUCCGGCAACCCGUGAUGAUCACUUUUCCGGCCUUGUUACCAGAAGGGGGAUGUUGUUGUAUGGUCUCCGAGCAAGUUAGGUGGGUCUCCGUGUUGGUAACCCGGAAACGUGGUCGAUAUCUUUGUAUUUGAUGACUGGCUUCAGCUCAAAAGAAGUUUAAGAUGCUCUCAUUGCCUACAUACAUAAAGAAAUCAAAGCAUGGUUAACAAAACUGAGUUGGCCAUUAUAUGCUCCUCUGCAGGAGUUUUGUUAGGCAUUUUCAUAUCGUCAGUGGUAUUUUUCUGUUUUAGAUGGUACAAAAGGCGCUCAGAUUUUGAGAAUCUUGGUAUAUCAAAUCGCCCGAUCCGCAAGAAUGGCUGUGGCCUGGGACUAGACUCGAGUGCCUCGAUGUCAGAAUCUGUUGUUGUCCCUCUACCAGAUCUCCCAGCCAAAAGCUUGCCACCCUUAUGGUUGAAUCAUCAUAAUAAGGAUCGAACAACUUCAGUUUCAGGCAUACCAAAAUACUUGUACAAGGAUAUUCAGAAGGCUACUCAAAAUUUCACAAACAUAUUGGGAGAGGGAUCGUUUGGCCCAGUAUACAAGGCAACAAUGCCUGCGGGUGGAGUGGCAGCCAUCAAAGUACUAGCUUCCAACUCUAGGCAGGGUGAGAAAGAGUUCCAGACCGAGGUAUCUUUGUUAGGUAGACUGCAUCACCGAAAUUUAGUGAAUUUGGUGGGCUACUGUGUGGAUAAAGGGCAAUACAUGUUAAUUUACGAGUACAUGAGCAAUGGCAGUUUGGAAAAAAGAUUAUACAGUGAAGAUGAUACAUUGACUUGGGAUGAGAGACUUCAAAUUGCUCUUGAUAUUUCUCAUGGAAUUGAGUAUCUUCAUGAGGGGGCAGUUCCACCAGUUGUACAUCGGGACUUGAAGAGUGCUAAUAUAUUACUGGAUCACUCUAUGAGAGCAAAGGUCGCUGAUUUUGGGCUUUCAAAGGAAGAGGUUUUUGAUGGACGUAAAUCAAGCCUGAAAGGUACAUAUGGCUACAUGGAUCCUGCAUAUAUCUCUACAAGCAAGUCCAGUUUAAAGAGUGAUAUCUACAGCUUAGGGGUUAUCUUUUUUGAGCUUAUAACUGCCAUACAUCCACACCAAAACUUGAUGGAUUAUGUCAAUCUUGCGACAAUGGACCCAGAUGGAGGAGUUGAUGAGAUACUUGACAAGCGACUAAUCGGGAAAUGCAGCUCGGAAGAAGCGAAGAGUUUGGCUAAAAUUGCUUUCAGAUGUUUACAUAAGACACCAAGGAAGCGCCCUAGUAGCGGAGAAAUCUCUCAGGCUAUAGUAAAGAUAAAACAGAGACGUCUGCCUAAAGUUGGAACAAUGUCAUUUGCUGGGGAUGAUCUUAACCGAUUAACAAGUAUGAUUGAAGACCAACAAGUGGAGUUGAGUAAAAUUUUGAGCCAGAAUGAAAAUUAAGAUCAUCCUAGUUUUUUUUUUUCCACAAAGCGCAGUUGUAAAUACUAAAUACAAUCCCUCAAUUGGUUCGACAUAGAAUACAUAUAAGCAGCAAAUUUCAGGAAGAAAGAUUGUGUUUGGUUUGUACUAUGUACAAUGUACAUCGUAGUGAAUGUAAAUACAUGGAACAUAAGAAACUAAUGCAGGUAGGACUUACGAACUCCUCUGCGAUAACUA